AUGGCUACAUCUGUUCAACUCACAGCCCCUAACGGCCACAGCUGGGCCCAGCCCACUGGCCUCUUCAUCAAUAACCAAUGGGUCAAGAGCUCAAACGGUGAGAAGAUUGCCACGAUCAACCCAGCAACUGCAAAGGAAAUUACUUCAAUCCAUGCAGCCUCGGCGCAAGAUGUCGACAAGGCCGUCAGGGCUGCCCGCGCCGCUCUCAACAACCCAUGCUGGAGAGAUCUGCCCGGAAUUGACCGUGGCAAGCUGAUGAACCGCCUCGCCCAGCUCAUCGAGGACAACCGACAGACCCUCGCCACAAUUGAGACCAUCGACAACGGAAAGCCAUACUCAGUCUCAUUCAACGACGACCUGACCGAGACUGCCGAGACAAUCCGGUAUUAUGCCGGCUUCGCUGAUAAGAUCUUCGGUCAAGUCAUCGACACCACCCCAGAGAAGUUUGCCUACACUGUGCGCGAGCCAGUGGGUGUCUGUGGGCAGAUCAUUCCGUGGAACUUCCCCCUCGCGAUGGCCGCCUGGAAACUCGGCCCCGCCCUCGCAUGUGGUAACACCAUUGUCCUUAAGCCCGCAGAGCAGACUCCGCUGUCUAUCCUGUUCCUCGCAAAUCUCCUUGUGGAAGCUGGCUUUCCGCCCGGCGUGGUCAACAUCGUGAAUGGACACGGUGCCGUCGCAGGUGCCGCCCUGGCCUCCCACAUGGACGUGGACAAGAUUGCAUUCACAGGCAGCACCGCGACCGCCAAGCAAAUCAUGAAAAUGGCCAGUGUAAACCUGAAGAACAUCACCCUGGAAACAGGCGGUAAGAGCCCACUCAUCGUCUUCAACGAUGCAGAUCUCGAGCAGGCGGUCGAAUGGGCCCAUAUCGGCAUCAUGUACAACCAAGGCCAAAUCUGUACCGCGACAUCCCGCAUCCUGGUUCAAGAUAAAAUCUACGACCGAUUCCUUGAGGCCUUCAAGGCCCAAGUGAAGAAUGUUUCCAAGGUCGGCGACCCAUUCGAGGAAUCCACCUUCCAGGGCCCACAGGUGACACAGGCUCAAUAUGACCGAAUCAUGUCAUAUAUCGAUGUCGGCAAGUCCGAGAAGGCAACUCUGGUCUCGGGCGGGAAGCCGGCACGUGUCGGUGAUGGAAAGGGAUUCUUUGUUGAGCCUACCGUUUUCACAGACGUGGAUCCUAAGAUGCGUAUCUACCAAGAGGAAGUCUUUGGACCUUUCGUGGUAAUUGCACGAUUCAGUGAUGAGCAGCAGGCAAUUGAUAUGGCCAAUGACUCGACUUAUGGUCUUGGAAGUGCUCUUUUCACCACGAAUCUGACCCGUGCGCAUCGGGUUGCGAAAAGGAUCGAGGCUGGUAUGGUUUGGAUCAACUCGAGCAAUGAUAGUGAUUGGCGCAUUCCUUUCGGUGGUGUCAAGCAGUCUGGCAUUGGCCGUGAGCUUGGCGAGGCGGGUCUUUCCGCCUACUCCAAUAUCAAGGCUGUUCAUGUCAACAUGAAGUCUAAGCUUUGA